AAAAAAAGAAGGAAAGAAAAAAAACAAAAAAAAACCCUGACGGCGCACCUACCCCUCCAAAUCCACUUUUCCUAACGGCUGCCAUCAUAGAAAAGUAACCGCACUUCCCGUCUUCAUCCGCUUGUUGCGCUGUUUCUUUUUCCCAUACCUUCAACUUGAUUCUAUUUUCUGUGAAAAUACCUACAUCCAACCACUAAAACAAUUGAACAAUAAGAACAACCGCAAUCAUGUCUGGCCCCGUUGCUGAUUUGGGCCUUAUCGGCUUGGCCGUUAUGGGUCAGAACCUUAUUCUGAACAUGGCCGACCACGGCUUCACCAUCUGUGCCUAUAACCGAACUGUUUCCAAGGUCGAUGCCUUCUUGGCGAACGAGGCCAAGGGCAAGUCCAUUGUCGGUGCCCACUCCAACGAGGAGUUCAUCUCCAAACUAAAGAGCCCUCGCCGUGUCAUGCUGCUAGUCCAGGCUGGCAAGGCCGUCGACGACUGGAUCGAGACCCUACUUCCUCUACUAGAAAAGGGAGAUGUCAUCAUUGACGGCGGCAACUCUCACUUCCCCGACUCCAACCGACGAACUAAGUACUUGUCGACCAAGGGCAUCCGCUUUGUCGGUUCCGGUGUUUCCGGUGGUGAAGAGGGUGCUCGAUACGGCCCCUCUUUGAUGCCCGGUGGUAACGAAGAGGCGUGGCCCUACGUCAAGGACAUUUUCCAGAGCAUCGCUGCCAAGAGUGACGACGAGCCCUGUUGUGAGUGGGUCGGUGACGAGGGUGCUGGCCACUACGUCAAGAUGGUGCACAACGGUAUUGAGUAUGGUGAUAUGCAACUUAUUUGCGAGGCCUAUGAUAUCAUGAAGCGAGGUCUUGGCAUGUCGAACAAGGAGAUGGGAGAUGUAUUCGCGAAGUGGAACAAGGGCGUUUUGGAUUCGUUCUUGAUCGAGAUCACUCGCGAUAUCAUGUACUACAACGAUGAGGAUGGAACGCCACUAGUUGAGAAGAUCCUCGACUCGGCUGGCCAGAAGGGAACCGGCAAGUGGACUGCCAUCAAUGCCUUGGACCUUGGAAUGCCCGUCACUUUGAUUGCCGAGGCUGUGCUUGCGCGUUGCUUGUCUUCUGUCAAGGCUGAGCGAACGAAGGCCUCGCAGAAGCUGCAAUAUGUCGGCCGAACAACUAAGUUUGAGGGUAGCAAGGAACAAUUCCUUGACGACCUCGAGCAGGCCCUGUACGCCUCCAAGAUCAUCUCGUAUGCUCAAGGUUUCAUGCUGAUGCAAGAGGCCGCGAAGGAGUACAAGUGGAAGCUCAACAAGCCUUCAAUCGCCUUGAUGUGGAGAGGUGGUUGCAUCAUCCGUUCUGUCUUCUUGAAGGAUAUCACCGCUGCUUACCGAAACAACCCCGACCUAGAGAACCUGCUAUUUGAUGACUUCUUCAACAAGGCUAUCCACACGGCCCAACCCGGCUGGAGAGACGUCGUUGCUAAGGCAGCCGUACUCGGCAUCCCGACCCCCGCUUUCUCAACUGCUCUGUCAUGGUUCGAUGGUUACCGCACCAAGGACCUACCCGCCAACCUUCUCCAGGCUCAACGUGAUUACUUUGGAGCACACACCUUCCUGGUCAAGCCCGAGCUUGCCAACGCCAAAUACACCGAGGGCAACUAUCACCACGUGAACUGGACUGGCCGUGGAGGAAAUGUUUCCGCGUCUACAUACCAAGCGUAAAAAGGGGGCUUGUGUAAACAAGGAGGGAAAGUAACUUGCCAAUAACCAAGUUGGCGCGUGGGUAAACCCCGUCUGAAUAGAUAGAAAGGGUAUGCUUUAAAACUAAAGCAUGCUAUGGUAUAACAUAUGCAUCCCGGUUUAGAAGACUAAAGUCAAAUAUGAAAUAAUGGCAAAAUAGUCAAUGCCAAUAAACAAUUGGAAAAAACAAAACUACCUAGGUAGAUAUACCAGCUCUCUUAGACUGGUCUCCCCUUUUUGGCAAAGUGUCUGAUUGUAAAUGAACUUGAAAUAAUCAGAGCCUUGUGAUGAGGUAUAGAAACCCUGGCGUAAGCUAGUUGUUGAGACAAUCCAUAUAUAGGUAAAUAGUAUAGUAUGUUGAGGUAAAGUCGUCUUUGUAAGUAUCGCAUCAAAAUGUGCAAGAUGAUGUUGUUAUCAUCAAA